AUGCGAGUACUACAUGUUCAAAGACUUUUUCCCAAACCCCAUGAUGAAGAUCCAUUCCUUAAAAAAUACUCGAAUAUACAUGAUGAGGAAGAAGACGUCAGAGAAGAGGAAGUUGUCAAAAUAUCAGCAAGCAUUGCAAGUGUGGAACAGAAUAUGUUAACAAUAGAAGAUGUUAACGAACAAAAGAAAUCUGGAUUCAUAAAUUUAGAUCCUUAUGGCAACUGGUACAUCCUCUGGCUGUUCAUAGUUUCAGUUGGUGUUGGAUACAACUAUUGGACACUCAUUUUACGUGUUGCAUUUAUUGAAGGCAUGGGCAGACAUUUUAGAAGCUUUUUCAUCCUAGAUUAUAUAAUUGAUACGAUAUUUCUACUGGAUAUCUACAUGCAGUCUCGCACAGGAUAUAUGGAAAACGGUGAAUUAGUCAUCGAUGUUUUGAAAACUAGAUACCAUUAUAUGAAAACGUUCGGAUUCUGGCUUGAUUGCCUGAGCAUCAUACCCCUAGAUUUGCUCUAUUUAAUUUUUGGUGUAAAUCCGGUAUUUCGGUUAGCGAGACUUCUAAAACUUCAUCGUUUCUUGGUUCUUUAUGAAAGAAUACAGGUGCUCACAAACCAACCAAAUUUGUUCAAUCUUACUAUGCUGCUACAUCAUGUGUUUUUGAUUAUCCAUUGGGUUUCCUGUGCAUAUUUCUUGGUAUCAAAAUACAUGGGAUAUGGAUCUGAAGCAUGGGUUUAUCCUGUACUUGAGGGGGAAUGGACCGAGAUUACCCGCCAAUAUUUCUACUGCUUUUACUUAUCAAGUAUUACAAUGACAAUAAUUGGAAAUUUGCCCAGUCCUACGACUCCGCAGACAAUGUUGUUUGUCACCGUUAUGUACUUGGCUGGUGUAUUGAUUUUUGCAUUGAUUGUUGGAAAUGCUUGUGAUAUGAUAACCAGCAUGACCAUGGAAAGAAAUGAGAUUCACACAAAGCUAAACGAUAUCAAGCUAUACAUGCACGCUCAUAAUGUUCCAGACCAGUUGCAAAAAAGAGUGAUAAAAUGGUUCGAUUACCUCUGGAUGGAAAAAAUGGAUUUGCACGAUGAAGAUGCAUUCAAUUGGUUACCAGAAGGAUGCAAGGCGGAUCUUUUGCUUCAUGUUAACUUAACUACACUUAAAAAGGUCGCAAUAUUCGAAGACUGUGAGCCAUCGUUACUUCGUGAUUUAGUAGUUCGCCUAGAGUUGACGCAAUGUUGUCCUGGAGACCAAGUAUGUUACCAGGGAGAAGUGGGUAAUGAGAUGUACAUCGUGAACAAAGGCUUACUUCGUGUUGAAGUUGAUGGCCAUGUUGUUGCAACUCUCUCUGCUGGAAAUCACUUUGGAGAAAUUAGUAUACUUGAUAUCGAAGGUGUUGGAAACCGACGAACAGCAUCCAUACAUUCACUUGGCUUUUCACAGCUUUUUAAACUCAGCAAAAAUGAUCUUCGGGAGGUUUUUGAGGACUACCCGGAUGCAAGAAGUGAGCUGGAAGGAAAAGCUGUUGUAAUUCUGAAGAAAGACGAAGAGCGUAAAAAAUCGCUUUGUCCAGGAUCUGCCUUAGCAGACGCAAGUUCAAUUGAUUGGCUGUACGCUGACUCAUCAAAAUUGUUGGCGCAGAUGCGUCAGGUGGAAAUGAAGCUGAAGGAAAAGAAGAUUAAAAGUUUCAAAGAAAAAGUCAGGCGACAACAAGAAAUUAAGAACAGGGUACUCAUUAAAUCAUUUGUAGAACAAAAUUCCGGUAUGGACCCUGAAAUUUGAGGCUUGUAAUCAUAUUUCA